GUUCCAGCGAGCACCGGGUUUCAUGCAGUUUCUCAGUCCCACACUGCCAUCGCCGCUGUGGAGGCAGUAGUGCGCAUGAGGAUCCACACACUUUUCUGGUCCUUUGUUGCGGAAAUCGAAGAUGACUUAACUUCGACAGACUCUCAGCUGGCCAGGAUCAAUACGUGACUGUGAUGACCCUGCGUCAUGAGGAGAGACACACCUGUAGAUUUGUGUAGUAGACACCUACGGGUCGUUAGUAACACAAACGCACACGUGACAGCCAGCCUGGCGGAGGGAUUGGCUGAAUAGCGAGAGACGCUCCCCUACCAUCGAGGACACUCUGCAGAUGAGAGGUGGUCGUCUGCCUGUCCAAACUGCCCAAAAGACCUUCUCCCCAUCCGUCCUCACCUAAGAUGGCUUCCCACGGCCUUCUCCUGCACUGGAACGGACUGGAGCAGAGCUGUGCCCUACCAUGGUGAUCAUCUUCUCAAAAACACUGGAAAAGAAGAAAGGUGGCGAUCAUGUAAGGGCUAAGGACACUGAAUAUUUGCUGUUGCGUGAGCGCCACACCAUGAGCAGAGGGACUACCCUCUUCUCCUGUGGCACUGUGGAGGCAGACAGGUGGCUGGACCUUGGCCGAGGCUGUGCCAUCCAGCGAGGGACGCCCUGCGAGUCCGGCGCCAGUCUGGAGAGCCUGUGGGAUGUUCUGCCCGAGGAGUGCCAGCGGAGGAGCCUGGUCUGGGGCCACGAGGUUGGCCCUGCCACCGCCAUCACCAGCCUCAUUCGAGACCUUAACCUUGGCGAUGCCAAGCUGGCAGCCACCCAGUCCCUGGCCCUCGCCAACUCCCCUUCAGCCUCCACGGCACCCCCUAGCAAGCGCCAGUGCCGCUCACUCUCCUUCUCUGAAGAGUUUGAUGGCUGCCGGUCUUCAUGGAGACCUCAGGUGUCGCGAGUGUGGACGGCGGUGGAGAAGAGGAGGUGCCACAGUGGGGGGAGUGUGCAUCGCUGCUCUGGAGGAGGUGGUAUAGGAGGUGGUGGAGGUUAUUCAGGGGGUCAUUUUCCUGCCAUGCAGCGGAGCUCCAGUUUCAGCCUACCCUCACGCUCCAACAACCCCACAGACGGGGCUCUGGAGCUGCCCUGCUUCACCCAGUGCCUGCCCCUUCACCCCCUGUUCACUGCCUCCCCUACGUCCCCCUCCCACCACCACUACCACCACUCCCUCAGGCCCCUCUCCUUGUCCCAUGAGCAGAUCAGCCUGCCAGAGCACCACAGGGAGGGGGCCAGCUCCCCGGACUUCACCCAAGAGAUGGGGAGACGUGCUGGACAGAGGGCAGGGGGGACUGGGGGCCUGUCCCGGAGCAAGUCCCAGCCCUGCGUCCUGAACGAUAAAAAGAUCGGCAUGAAGCGCAGGAGACCAGAGGAUGCACAGGAACCACGGCCCUCCCUGGACCUGGCCAAGAUGACCCAGAAACUCCAGACGUUCCACAGCUUGAGCUGCCCUGGGUUCUCUGGUCUGGACAGCUGUCGCUCAUACAUGCCCCCGCCCUCCACCAGGAGCUUGAGCCAAUCGGAAUCUGACUUCGCCUGUGCGUCUGACCUAUGUGCUGAGACUCAACAGGAAGUGGACGAGGAGGAGGAUGACUCUUCUUAUAAGGAGCUGGAUAGUGACUCAGCGUGUAGCCUGGACUCCAGGCCCGGGUCCCCAUGCAGGGGAGGGGGGGAGAGAAUGGGGCAGGGACACACCCCCUGGAAGGGUGAGUAUGGGACAGAGAAGGACAUCUACCAGCUGGGGGGUGAGCUGGACAUCGACCAGAUCGAGAGGAACUGAAUGCAACCUGAAGCCUUUGGAUAAAGGAUUGUCAUAACUUUUUGUGAAGGCUGAGGAAUGUUUCCGAAGGUUUGCCGGAGAAUUUGGAAUUUCAUGACCACGAGAAGGAUGCCUUAUGUAUGAUAGGUGGAUAUUGAGUAGGUUGAAAUGACAUCCGAGAGAGGAACCUAGCGAUUUUAGACAGUGGUUUUUGGAACAUUAUAAGGAUGUUUGUAAAUGCAGUGGGGGGGGGGCUGUUGUAUUGUGUGUAAUGUCAACGAAGGACAAAGCACGUGGAAGUGUCAAUAGAAGGUGCUGCAUGUUGAAUUGGCAGAUGGCUACUUUGGUUGAACUUUGAGAUCCUGCAGGACAAACAGUUGUUUUUGAACUGUCUCGUUGUCUUUCUGAAUCUAAAUGCAGUGGCUUUCGCUUGGCGACGUGCAGCCCAACUCAGGAGUGGGAAAGUGAGGGAUAGUCUUUAAUACCUCCAAAAAGCCCUCUCUCCUCUUAGCCUGAGUACCUCCCUAUACACCUGGACUGAACUGCAGCAGGAAUAUGCUACAACUUCUGCUUUUCUCUACCAGAAUGGGGGGGCAUGAUGGACCGGGAGAGAGGGAUGAAAUAGAAGAGGAGAGAAACAGUAUUUUUUUUCUCAGACAUCACCUUGACACUUUUCUUCAACUAUACCUGCAGGAAGGACACUCCCUGUUGAAUUCCAAGUUAGCCCCUACCCCCUAUACUCUAGGCACUCCUGUAGAUCUGAAAGGAAGAUGGUACCAGUAUUAUGGUCAUUUCUUCACCUUCCCUUCUAACAGGCGGUGUGGAGUUUUCACCAUAUUGCUUACCUACCCAAGGGUUUCAGAUUGCCUAGGGGAUAGGGGUCAAUUUGGAAUUCCGAAUGUGUUCACACACCAUCGCUGAAUGUAAAUAAGCUUUUAAUGGGUUUGGAAAUAACAGGCAAUUUGGUCGGUCAGAUACAUGUGUUAUCUUUACACCUCGGAAUACCCUACUCGAAACAAACCUUUAUGACGUUUAAUAGAUUCUAAUAUGCAAAAUGUAUAUUUGAAUAAACACUGAAUUUUAAGUUUUCAGUUCUAAUAUCAAUGUAUAUUUUUCUAAAUGUAUUUUUUAUGAUCUGUUUGUGAAGGAUCUGAAUUAAGAGGCUUUUCUUUAACAGGACAGACAUGAAAUAAAAACACAAACUGCC